AUAAUGUAUAAAGUCUUCAUUUUCAGCUUAAGUUUUUUCAGUGAGUGAAGCUUCUUUCUUUUGAACCAAUGAUGUCAAAUACAGUAGCUGUAUAUGCAUUAGCCAUAUUCUCUAGUACCUUCUUCAUAGCUCUGUCAUCUGGGCAAACUCCAAGCUUGGAAGUUGAAGUUGCUGCUUUGAAAGCUUUCAAGAAGUCAAUCUCUGAUGACCCUUUAGGUGCACUUGUAGAUUGGACUGAUGCAAAUCACUAUUGCAACUGGUCUGGAAUCAUAUGUGAUCCUUCUUCAAAACAUGUCAUCAACAUUUCGCUUAUUGGGACAGAGCUCAAAGGCGAAAUCUCUCCGUUUCUCGGAAACCUCUCCAAACUCCAGGUUCUUGAUCUAACUUUGAAUUCAUUUACUGGAAAUAUUCCACCCCAGCUGGGUCAUUGCACAGACCUGGUUGAGCUCAUUUUUUAUGAAAACUCUCUUUCUGGUGAAAUUCCUGCUGAGCUUGGAAACCUAAAAAACCUGCAGUUAAUAGAUUUUGGAAAUAACUUUCUGAAUGGGAGUAUACCUGAGAGUAUAUGCAACUGCACUGAAUUGGUGUUAGUAGGCCUCAUUAAUAACAGUCUCACAGGCAAAUUACCAUCUGAAAUUGGUAAUUUGGCUAAUCUUCAGUUGUUUGUAGCUUAUCAAAACAAUUUGGUUGGUUCUAUUCCUACCUCCAUUGGAUUGCUGACAGCUUUGCAAACCCUUGAUCUGAGCGAAAACCAGUUCUCUGGACCUAUACCACCAGAAAUUGGCAACUUGUCAAGUUUAGGAAUUCUUCAGUUACAUCUCAACUCUCUUUCUGGAAAAAUUCCAUCUGAACUUGGCCUCUGUGUCAAUCUUGUUACCUUGAACAUGUAUACUAAUCAAUUCACUGGAAGCAUACCUCCUGAGCUGGGAAAUUUAGAAAACUUGCAAACGCUCAGAUUGUUUAAUAAUAAGCUGAACUCCAGUAUACCUGCCUCAUUGUUCCACCUGAAAUCAUUAACUCAUUUAGGACUCUCACAGAAUGAGCUAACUGGUAAAAUUCCUCCCGAGUUGGGAUCUUCAACGUCGCUACAAGUGCUUACCCUCCACUCAAAUAGGUUGUCUGGGGAGAUUCCAUCCACUAUAACAAACCUGGCAAACUUAACAUAUUUGUCUUUGAGCUUUAAUUUAUUGACCGGAUCACUUCCAUCGGAAUUUGGGUUACUCUAUAAUCUAAAGAAUCUAACUGCAAGCAGUAACUUCCUAGAGGGACCUAUUCCACCUAGCAUAACAAAUUGUUCACAUCUUCUUGUUUUAACCAUUUCUUUUAAUAGAAUAACGGGGAAAAUACCAAAUGGGUUGGGGCAGUUGUCCAAUCUUACAUUUUUGUCUUUGGGAUCAAACAAGAUGUCAGGGGAGAUUCCUGAUGAUCUUUUCAACUGCUCAAUGCUUGAAGUUCUAGAUCUGAGUGACAACAAUUUCAGCGGGAAACUCAAACCAAUGAUUGGCAGACUCUCUAAACUUCGAGUUCUAAGAGCCCGUAGUAAUUCAUUUCUUGGGCCAAUCCCACCAGAGAUUGGUAAACUGAGUCAACUGGUGGAUUUAGUGCUUCAUAAAAACAGUUUCUCAGGUGUGAUACCACCAGAAAUUUCAAUGCUUUCAAACCUCCAGGGCCUUUCGCUGUCUGACAACAAGCUGGAAGGUGAACUUCCUGUGCAACUUUUUGAGCUUAAACAUCUCAAUGAACUCCGGUUGCAGAACAAUAAUUUCUUCGGUCCAGUACCCCACCAUAUAUCCAAACUAGAAUCACUUUCGCUAAUGGACCUGAGUGGAAAUAAGCUUAAUGGUACAAUCCCAGAGAGCAUGGCGAGUCUCCGCAGACUGAUGACCUUAGAUUUUUCACACAACCUUCUUACCGGAACUCUUCCUAGAGCAGUACUUGCAAGCAUGAGAAGUAUGCAAAUUUACUUGAAUAUUUCCAGCAACUUGUUAAAUGGAGAGAUCCCAGAUGAGAUUGGCGUGUUAGAAAUGGUUCAAGAGAUUGACAUGUCAAACAACAAUAUAUCAGGCAGCAUUCCCAGAACGCUAGGACGCUGCAAAAACUUAUUCUCACUGGACCUAUCUGGAAACGUGCUCUCGGGUUCUGCUCCAGGUGAAGUUCUCACCAAAUUAAGUGAGCUUGUGUCCUUGAACCUCUCAAGGAACAGAUUAGAAGGCGAACUUCCUGAAAUGGCAGGAUCGAUACAUCUUCGCUCUCUUGAUCUCUCACAAAACAAGUUCAAGGGAACCAUUCCCGAGAGAUUUGCCAAUAUGCCUGCAUUGAAAUAUCUCAACCUUUCUUUCAACCAACUUGAAGGUCACAUUCCAAAGCGGGGUGUAUUCAACAAUAUAGGGUCGGCAAAUUUAUUGGGAAAUCCAUCUCUAUGUGGAACAAAGUUUCUCAGGCCAUGCAGCAUCAAAAGCAGCGGAACAAGUUCUCAUGUUUUUUCCAAGAAAACCUGGAUCAUAUUUGCAGCAUUUGGAUCGGUUUUUGGUCUCAUUCUUCUUGUGUUGGUAAUAUUUUUGAUUCAUCGUCACAUGAAGAAGCAAAAAGUGAAAGACGCGGAGGAUAAACUUCCAAAGUAUACCUCAGCACUGAGCCUCCAGAGAUUUUAUCAAAAGGAUUUGGAACAUGCUACCGAUAAUUUCAGUCCAGAAAAGAUUAUUGGAGCCAGCAGUUUAAGUACCGUGUACAAAGGUACGGUGGAAGAUGGGAAGAUCGUAGCAGUUAAGAAACUGAAUCACCAGUUCUCAGCAGAAUCUGGUAAAUGCUUUGAUAGGGAAGUCAAGACUCUGAGCCAACUCAGACACAGGAACCUGGUUAAGGUGCUCGGUUAUGCUUGGGAAAGCAAGAAGCUAAUGGCUUUAAUUUUAGAAUACAUGGAGAAUGGGAACUUGGACAGCAUUAUUUAUGGUCAAAUGGCGGAUGACUGGACACUGUCCAAUAGGAUUGAUAUUUUAGUUUCAGUUGCAAGUGGGCUGUCAUACCUGCAUUCAGGCUAUGAUUUUCCAAUAGUGCACUGCGAUUUGAAGCCUUCAAAUAUUCUUCUGGAUAAAAAUAUGGAAGCACAUGUGAGUGACUUUGGGACAGCUAGGAUGUUGGGUAUUCAUCUCCAGGAUGGGAGCAGCAUAUCAUCCGCAUUUGAAGGAACUAUUGGUUACAUGGCUCCAGAGUUUGCAUAUAUGAGGAAAGUUACCACAAAAGUAGAUGUAUUCAGCUUUGGUGUGAUAGUAAUGGAGAUCAUUACGAAAAGAAGGCCAACAAGUCUUACAGGAGCAGAUGAAUUACCAAUGACUUUGCAUCAAAUUGUUCAGAAUGCCCUUGCGAAUGGCAUAAACAAGCUAGUCCAGAUUGUGGAUCCUAAUCUAGCUUCAUGUGUCUCCAAGAAACAGGAUGUAGUAGAGGGACUUCUUAACUUGGCUUUAUCCUGCACCUCUCCUGAUCCGGAAGAUAGACCUGACAUGGAACAAGUUCUAUCUUCCCUUACAAAGCUAAGUAAGAUGGAGUGCAUGCAUUCACGUGUUUGUUUGGUAAAAGCUUAAAUUUGAUGUAGACGAAACUGGAGCAUCAACAAUCUUAAUGUGAACCACCAUUAAGUUUCCCUUUGUGGCCAAUGGAACUAGUCCAUAACUUUAAAUGUAUGUUACUAUUUAACUAUUUAAAUAGAAUUUACGUUUUUCAAGCCAUAAA